AUGGAACCAAGUCUGCAUGUUAUUUCAUAUGUUCAGACUCCACUUUUUAUUAUUAAUUCACACUAUGACGCUUGGCAGAUUAAUAAUACUUUGGUUCCUGCAUACCUCGAUCCGCAACAUACCUGGGAUCAUUGCAAGGUUCUAAUAAGUAAUUGCACGUUUAGCCAGCGUAUAAUUAUUCAAGUUUUUGGAGUGGAGUUCUUGAAGGCAUUUGAGGGACUCACCCCUUCUUAUACGAGGGGUUACUUCAUCACAUCUUGUCACGCUCAUUCUCAAAUUAUAUGGACGAGUUACUGGUACAGUGCUACCUCUCCAAGAGUACUUAAUAAGACAAUUGCGGAAGCUGUUGCAGAUUGGUUUUUUGAUAGAGCAUGGUUCCAUCAAUACUUUGACCUAUACCCUUGUGCUAGAGAUUGCUUGUGA